AUGGUGGGGCGUGGCCAGGCUGUUUCCGCCCCACCCCCCAGCAGCUGGUGCCGGGACUCCGCGGGGAGCCGGGGCAGCCCGAGCGCCAGAUGCCCCCGGGGCGCCGGCUCCCGUAGCGUCUCCUCCGCCGGCCGCACCCCACCUCUUCCCCCGCACGCCCGCCUCUGGGGGGCCGCCCGCCGGCCCGGGACGAGGACGCUGCUCCGGGCCCUCCUGGCCCUGCUGCUCCAAGCCAGCCUCCCGCUGGCCUCCUGCCUGCCGCAGUGCAUCUGCGCCACGCGGCCCUGGUUCACCCCGCAGUCCGUCUACCGCCAGGCCGGCACAGUGGACUGCAACGACUUGCUGCUCACCCGGCUGCUGCCCGGCCUGGCCCCGGACACCCAGGUCUUGCUGCUGCAGAGCAACCAGAUCGCCCGGCUCACCGGUGAGCUCCGGCGCCUGCCCAACCUGACCGACCUGGACCUGUCCCAGAACCGCCCGGCCAGCCUGCCCUGCACCUCAACGCCAACCGGCUGCGGGCUGUGGACCCCGGCUGGUUCCCGCCCCUGCCCCUGCCCCGCCUGGAGAUCCCGGCCCCUGGGGCGGCUGCAGAGCUUGGGGCUGGCCGGCCUGGGGCUGCGGGACCUACCGGCCGAGGCCUUCCAGGGGCUGGCGGAGCUGGAGAGCCUCUCGCUCUUCGGCAACCGGCUGGCCCGGGUGCCGGCGCCCGCCCUAGCUCAGGUUCCUGAACGAGAACCCCAUCGGGGAGCUGCGGGCGGGGCUGCAGGGCGGCGGGGGCUGGCCCGAGAGGCUGGUGGUGGCGCCCGGCGGCUCCGUCACCCUGAGCUGCCCGGCCAGCGCCGAGCCGCCCCCGGAGAUCUCCUGGCUGGGGCCAGCCGGGGAGAGGCUGGCCGGCCCUGGAGCUGGUCGGGGUGGGACCGGCCCAUGCCGGGCAGUACACCUGCGUGGCGUGGAACGAGGCGGGCUCGGCCAGCCCCCCCCGGUCCCCGCUGGGCCUCGGCCACCGUGCACGUCCACAGCCCCCACCUCAGCUACACGGCCCAGAUGCCACUGGACAGCCGGCAGGUCAACCUGACGCACCUGCAGCCGGCCACGCGCUACGAGAUCUGCUCGAGCCUGGUGGCCACGGAGAUGCCCACCCCAGCCACCGUGGCAACGCCCUCCGCCAUAGCAACAGCAUCCUCCGGCGCACCGGCCUCCCUAGCAACCGCAUCCUUCUCCACAGCAACCGCCGCCUCCCUAGCAACCGGAUCCUUCUCCACAGCAACCACCUCCUCCCUAGCAACCGCCGCCUCCCUAGCAACCGGAUCCUCUCUGGCAACUGCUGCAUCUUCCUUAGCAACCGUAUCCGCCACGGCAAUCCCGGCAUCCUCCCAAGCGACCGAGGACUUCUCCUUGCAACUGCCUCUGCUCCGGCGUCCCCAGGCAUGCAGCGGGCCUGCCUGAACGUGACCACGGCGGGGCUGGGGCUGGCCGGGCGGGGGCCGGGGGGCGCGGCCCUGGCGGCCAUGACGGGCUCGCUGCUGGUGGCCCUGUGCGCGGUGAUGCUGGCCUGCUACGCCGGCCGGCAGCUGCGGGGACUGGGCUGCCGGGCUGCCCUCAAGCCGCACCGACAGCCCCCGGCCACCCUCCUGCUCGGCGAGCUCUAUCACCCCCUAAUCAGCCUGGGGGAGGCGGAGGGGGACCCCCUGCCCCUCCCUACCCCCCCGCCAACCCCCCACAUUGACACCUCCAAGACAUGCCUUUGGCAGCCCUGAACCCGGGCAGGAGACACAUGCAAAAAUUUGGAAGAGGGGGGGACAUCACUGCCCCAAACCCUGCCUCCACGCACCCCCCCUGGCCUAUAUUUGGGGUGUCAAGGGGGAGCUGCCCCAUCUGUACGCCCCCCCCCACACACACACACACAGAAGUAGCACAAAGGCGCGUCUUUCCCAAGGCCUCGCCACGGAGUUGUUGCAGCCAGGCGCCGGGGGAGGGGGGAAGGGAAGUGGGACCCCC